AUGGCAAAGCUAGAAAUCGAUGAAGGAAAUUCAAGGAAUGUAAGUUUAAGAUUGAUUGGUAAACGAUGUAGAGAUGACAGAACUUAUAAUUUACCUUCUGUAUCUGAAGUUGCUGCAUUAAUAGUUGGUGAUUUUGACGAAGCUUUGGGUGAUAGAGACAUUAUUGUUGAAUCCCAGAAUGGUGAACUGCAACGUAUCCCUGAAUUGCAUCCAUCUUUUCUAGGUUUACAAUAUCCUAUUCUAUUCCCUUAUGGUGAAGAUGGUUAUAGAGAAGAUAUUGAUUUUGCAAUUUCUAACAAUUCUGGUUUGAAUAGUAGAAAGAAAAUCAGCCCAAGGGAAUAUUUCUCUUUCCGUUUGCAACAAAGAGAAGAUGAACCUCCCACUAUUUUGCAUGCUCGAAGAUUGUUCCAGCAAUUUGUAGUUGAUGCAUACACAAUGAUUGAAGCUGGACGACUGAGGUUUGUUCGAACACAUCAAAAGCAAUUGUGCGCCGAAAUGUACAAAGGUUUAAAUGAUGCAAUUUUGAGGGGUGAGACUGAUCCAUCUACCCAAGGCAAGCGAGUUAUUUUGCCUUCCAGUUUUGUUGGAGGUGCGCGCUAUAUGAUUCAAAAUUAUCAAGAUGCAAUGGCUCUUUGUGGAUGGUUUGGUUAUCCCACUUUGUUCAUUACUUUCACUAGCAAUCCAAAGUGGCCUGAGAUUGUUAGGUUUGUCGAUAGUAGGGGCUUGAAAUAUACUGAUCGUCCAGAUAUUGUUUGUCGAAUAUUCAAAGUUAAGUUAGAUGAGUUAAUCAGAGAUAUCCGUAAGAAUAAGAUUUUUGGCAAUGUUCAAGCAGUUAUUUACACUGUGGAGUUUCAGAAGCGUGGAUUGCCUCAUGCGCAUAUUUUGUUUUUUCUUAGUAAGGAAGACAAACAGAUUGUUGUUGAGCAGAUUGAUAAGUUUAUUUCAUUUGAAAUUCCUGCAGUUGAAAUUGAUCCUUUCUAUCAUGCUAAUGUUGCUGAAUUAAUGGUGCAUGGUCCUUGUGGUGUUUCUCGACCAUCAUCACCAUGCAUGGUGAAAGGCCGGUGUGGUAAAUAUUUUCCAAAAAGAUUUGUUGAUGCUACAACUUUUGAUGGAGAUGGUUAUCCUAUUUAUAGACGUAGAGAUGAUGGUCGAGUUGUUUUAAAGAAUGACAUUCCAUUAGACAAUAGAUAUGUUGUACCUCAUAAUCGUUAUCUAUUGAUGAAAUAUGGAGGUCAUAUAAAUGUAGAGUGGUGUAAUCAGUCUCGAUCUAUUAAGUAUUUGUUUAAAUACAUCAAUAAGGGGCUUGAUCGUGUUACUGCUACAUUUAUGGAAUCAGGGAUGGAUAGUAGUGAGAAUAAUAUUGAUGAAGUAAAGAUGUAUUAUGAUUGUAGGUAUGUUUCUUCUUCUGAAGCUGUUUGGAGAAUUUUUGGAUUUGAUAUGCAAUAUAAGGAUCCACCUGUUGAGAGACUGGGUUUCCAUUUUGAAAAUGAACAGAGUGUAAUUUUUUCUGAAUCUGAACCUCUUGAUAUUAUUUUGGAUCGAAGAACAGCUCAUCAAAGCAAGUUUUUAGGUUGGAUGGAAGCAAAUAAAAUAUAUCCUCAAGGUAGGGAUCUCACUUAUUCUGAGUUUCCAACAAGAUUUGUUUGGAAGGGUAAUUGUUGGCAACCUCGGAAGCAGAGAUUUGCUAUUGGGAGAAUGUUUUAUAUUGCUCCUGGUUCUGGUGAAAUGUACUACUUGAGAUGUUUGUUAAAUAUAGUUCGUGGAGCUACAUCUUAUGAAGAAAUUCGGUGUGUGAAUGGAAUUCAGUAUGAUACAUUUCGAGAGGCUUGCUUUGCUUUAGGUUUGCUGGAUGAUGAUAAGGAAUAUGUUGAUGGUAUUACUGAGGCAAAUUUGGUGUUGAAUGAUGAUGAAAUAAAAAAUUUGGCAUUGGUUGAGAUUGAUAGACUUUUGGUGAAAGUUGGUCGGAGUUUGCGUGAUUUUGAUGAUAUUCCUUAUCCAUCGUCUGAAAAUUAUCAAUUAUCAGUUGAUGGAUUGAUUAAUGAGGAACUAUGUUAUGAUCACGCAUCUUUGUCAAAAGAUCUUCUCAACUUUAUAUCAAAAUUCACUGAUGAGCAGCGACAUGUAUAUGAUGUCAUUAUGACUUCUAUCAAUUCAGAUAUUGGUGGAAUGUUUUUUGUCUAUGGAUAUGGAGGUACUGGUAAAACCUUUAUUUGGAGAUCUUUGUCGGCAGCUAUACGUUCUAAAGGAGAAAUUUUUUUAAAUGUGGCUUCAAGUGUUAUUGCUUCAUUGUUAUUGCCUGGUGGUAGGACAGCUCACUCCCGGUUUAAGAUUCCUAUAAACCCAAAUGAGGAUUCAGAUGAAGCUCCAAUGAUCCAUAAGUAUUGUAUUGAGGCUUUGGAUAAGAGUUUGCGGGAUAUCAUGCGAAGUGACAUUCAUUCAA